AAUGCUCUAAAAAGCUACAAUCAGAUUUUAUUUAUCACAAGCAAGUAAUAUAGAAUUAUAAAAUUAAGGAAAAAUUCCAACAAUUUGGGAUGUGAAUCCAUUAGCUUACUAAAGAAUGUCUAAUGCUUUAUUAGGAGCAUACUCAAAUAGAUAAUUUGGAGUUUUAAUAAGAGAAAAUCUUGAUAUGAUAACUGAUCAUCAAGUAGCAUAUGCAUUUUAAAGGUAUAAUGUUAUUAUUUAAUAUUUAUAUAGAAUAAAUGAAUUGAAUUUAGAUGCUGAUGAAGAUUUCUAUGAAUAUGUUUUACCAGCAUUAAAGGAAUUUGUUCCAAAUUUAACAAAAGAUCAUCCAGUCUCAAUUGCAACUAUUAUAGGAACUUGUGGUAAAAUAAAUGUGAAAGAUGCUUCCCUUUGGUAAUUAUUUGAAAAAAAAAUUGUGGCUGAUCGUUUAUAUAGGUAUUGUUAGAUUAGAUAUAAUAAAGAUAUAUUCCUUUGAAUGACUUAGUAAGUAUGACAUAAUAAGUUGCAUUAAGUGAUUAUGGAUCUGAAGGAUUUUUUAAUACAAUGGAAAAAUAAAUUGGUAGACAUAGAUUGGCAUUGAGUGAUGAAUAAAUUAAAUUGACUCAAGAAGCUUUUGAAAGAAAAAGAUUAGCAGCUCCAAUCAUUAAGCAAUUAAAAUAAUCAGCUUAAAAACAAUUAGCUUGAU